AUAUUCAAUUAAAGCGCUUGCAUUGAGCAACAUCGAUUCGAAGUGUGGAAUAAUGAGUUUGUGCAUAAUUGGGGCUGGCACCGCUGGACUUUGCUGUGCUCGGCGUGCACUUGAGAAUAAUCAAAUUCCGACAGUUUUUGAACUUUCAAAUCAAAUCGGUGGCACAUGGAUUUAUAACGAGAAUACUGGAACAAUCAAUGGCAUCGAUGUGCACAGCAGUAUGUAUGAGAAUUUGCGUACUAAUUUACCCAAGGAGGUGAUGGGAUUUCCGGAUUUUGAGAUCGGUGCACACAAAGAUUCCUAUAUAUCAUCUCAAGAUAUUGUCUUGUUUUUGAAUCGUUAUGCUGAUCAUUUCGAAUUGAGAAAAUAUAUCAUUUUCCAAUCGUAUGUAUUGCGGGUAUUGAAGAAGAAGGAUAAAUGGCAAGUCCUUGUCAAGAAUCUCUUGACAAAUGCUAUGAAAUAUUAUUAUUUUGAUAAAAUAAUCAUAGCAAAUGGGCAUUAUCAUACCCCGAAUUAUAUACAAAUCCCGAACGCGAAUCUGUUUAAAGGUGAAUACAUGCACAGCCAUGAUUAUCGAAAAAGCGACGUGUUCCAAGGCAAACGCGUUUUAGUGAUUGGCGGCGGACCAAGUGCCUUGGACUUGUCGAAUAUCAUAUCAAAGGCGGCAAAGGAAGUGACUCUUAGCCACCAUUUGGAGGGUAUUUCGAAUUCGAUAUUCCUUGAAAAUGUCACGACUAAGCCGGAUGUCAGGGAGCUGGACGAGAAUGGCGCAUAUUUUGUGGAUGGAUCCUACAAGGAAUUCGAUACGAUUUUCUACUGCACCGGGUAUAAGUAUUCUUUUCCGUUUCUCAGCAUUAAUGCUGGCAUCUAUGUCGAGGACAAUUGGGUGCAAAUGCUCUAUAAGCAGUGCAUCAAUAUACGAAAUCCCACUAUGGCGCUGAUUGGUUUGCCAUUCUAUGUGUGCGCCGCGCAAAUGAUGGACCUGCAGGCACGCUUUGUCUUCAGCUACUUUUAUGGCAAAAAUCAA